UCUCCGCUUUCUCCCGGCUCCCUCUCAAGCUGACGGAAAUUGCCGAACAGGUCCAAAGAGGGGAGAUUGUCGAAUCCGACUUUGUUGUCCCUCCUGGCUUUCCGUCCGCCAGGUCAGGCUGACGGAGUUAGCCGUGGCCGCCAUAUUGACUUAGCGGCUGGGUUUUGAGGGGUCAGAGGGAUCCGGACAAAUCAGCGGGACAAGUUGGUGAGCUCUAGAGGAAAGCCAUCAUGUUAAGGAUACCUGUAAAAAGGGCCUUGAUAGGCCUUUCUAAGUCUCCUAAAGGAUAUGUUCGAUCAACUGGCACAGCAGCAAGUAACUUGAUUGAAGUAUUUGUUGAUGGUCAGUCUGUCAUGGUGGAACCAGGAACCACUGUCCUGCAGGCCUGCGAGAAGGUUGGCAUGCAAAUCCCUCGAUUCUGUUACCAUGAAAGGUUGUCUGUAGCUGGAAAUUGCAGGAUGUGCCUGGUAGAGAUUGAGAAAGCUCCAAAGGUUGUUGCUGCUUGUGCUAUGCCUGUUAUGAAGGGCUGGAAUAUCCUGACAAACUCAGAAAAAUCUAAGAAAGCCAGAGAAGGUGUGAUGGAGUUUUUAUUAGCAAAUCACCCAUUGGAUUGUCCUAUUUGUGACCAGGGAGGUGAAUGUGAUCUACAGGACCAGUCCAUGAUGUUUGGAAGUGAUAGGAGCCGAUUUCUAGAGGGGAAGCGUGCUGUGGAGGACAAGAACAUUGGGCCCCUGGUAAAGACCAUCAUGACUAGAUGCAUACAGUGUACCCGCUGCAUCAGGUUUGCAAGUGAAAUUGCAGGAGUAGAUGAUUUGGGAACAACGGGGAGAGGAAAUGACAUGCAAGUUGGAACAUACAUUGAGAAAAUGUUCAUGUCUGAACUGUCUGGGAACAUCAUUGAUAUCUGCCCUGUCGGGGCCCUAACCUCUAAGCCUUAUGCCUUUACUGCCCGGCCUUGGGAAACAAGAAAGACAGAGUCCAUUGAUGUAAUGGAUGCAGUGGGAAGUAACAUUGUGGUUAGCACAAGAACUGGAGAGGUACUGAGGAUUUUGCCAAGAAUGCAUGAAGAUAUUAAUGAAGAAUGGAUCUCUGAUAAAACCAGAUUUGCCUAUGAUGGACUGAAACGGCAAAGACUUACCGAACCAAUGGUCAGAAAUGAAAAGGGGCUUUUAACUUAUACCUCCUGGGAAGAUGCACUCUCUCGUGUAGCUGGAAUGUUACAGAGUUUUGAAGGCAAGGCUGUGGCAGCAAUUGCAGGUGGCUUGGUGGAUGCUGAAGCCUUGGUAGCUCUGAAAGAUUUGCUUAAUAAAGUUGACUCUGACACCUUAUGCACUGAAGAGAUCUUCCCCAAUGAAGGAGCUGGCACAGAUUUACGUUCCAAUUAUCUUCUCAAUACCACAAUUGCCGGUGUGGAAGAAGCAGAUGUUGUUCUUCUAGUUGGUACAAAUCCACGUUUUGAGGCACCGCUGUUUAAUGCUAGAAUCAGAAAGAGCUGGCUGCAUAAUGACUUAAAAGUGGCCCUCAUAGGCAGUCCAGUAGACCUCACUUACAGAUACGACCAUCUAGGAGACUCUCCCAAAAUUCUGCAAGACAUUGCUUCAGGGAAUCAUGAAUUCAGCAAGGUGCUUUUAAGUCUUAAACGCAGCUAAAAACCAAUGGUGGUUUUAGGCAGUUCUGCACUCCAGAGAGAUGAUGGGGCAGCAAUUCUUGCAGCUGUGUCCAGAAUUGCACAAAAGAUUCGGGUGGCAAGUGGUGCUGCUGCAGAGUGGAAAGUUAUGAAUAUUCUGCAUAGGAUUGCAAGCCAGGUAGCUGCUUUGGACCUUGGCUAUAAACCGGGGGUAGAAGCAAUUAGGAAGAACCCACCCAAACUGCUGUUUCUUCUGGGAGCAGAUGGAGGUUGUAUCACCCGACAGGACUUGCCAAAGGAUUGUUUCAUUGUUUAUCAAGGACAUCAUGGUGAUGUUGGUGCUCCCAUAGCUGAUGUUAUUCUCCCAGGGGCUGCUUACACAGAAAAGUCUGCUACUUACGUCAAUACUGAGGGCAGAGCUCAACAAACCAAAGUAGCAGUGACACCUCCUGGCUUGGCAAGAGAAGACUGGAAAAUCAUAAGAGCUCUCUCUGAGAUUGCAGGUAUCACUCUCCCAUAUGAUACUCUGGAUAAAGUGAGGAACCGUCUCGGAGAAGUCUCUCCUAACCUGGUUCGAUAUGAUGAUGUUGAAGAAGCUAAUUACUUUCAACAAGCAAGUGAGCUUGCCAAGCUAGUAGACCAGGAAUUUCUUGCUGACCCACUUGUUCCACCUCAGCUAACUAUAAAAGACUUCUAUAUGACAGAUUCAAUUAGCAGAGCCUCACAGACAAUGGCCAAGUGUGUCAAAGCCGUCACAGAAGGCGCUCAGGCAGUAGAGGAGCCAUCCAUAUGCUGACACAUCUAUCAGGGACCCUGUUUUGCUACAGACAGUAAAUGGACAUUGGUGUAACCCUUAUAAGUUAACGUUUUCCAACAUGAGUCUAAAUGAUAUAAUAUUUAAAGUUAGACUAUGCUUAUUUGAAAAUGGUGUUGCACUUAUCAAAAAUCUUGGCAGUUUAAAAUUUAUGUGUGUGCAAGCAUUAAGUAGUUUAAUAAAACUAUCAUUUGUUCUUUCAUGUUAAAACACUGAUCGGGCUGGAGAGAUGGCUCAGUGGGUAAGAGCACUGACUGCUCUUCCAGAGGUCCUGAGUUCAAAUCCCAGCAACCACAUGGUGGCUCACAACCAUCUGUGAUGAGAUCUGAUGCCCUCUUCUGGUAUGUAUAAAAACAGCUACAAUGUACUCACAUAAAAUAAAAUAAAUCUUUAAAAAACCAACCA